CACGCUCGCAUUAAGAGCACUGGCUCAGAAGAUAUGAGCUCAUCUUUAACUUCAGUGUUCAUCAGGUGGCAAGUGCGUUUUGCAGAGAAAAGGCUACACAUGGUGGUUCUCUUAUACUUUGCAUUCUUCUCAACGCUUAUUUCUGCAACAUCUCGAAAUUUCCCAGCUGAUUUCAAGUUCGGAACUUCAACAGCUGCAUACCAAAUAGAAGGCGCGUGGAAUCUUGAUGGGAAAGGCGAAAGUAUUUGGGAUAGAUAUGUACAUACGAAGAGUAAAGAAGUAGUGAACGGGUCAACAGGUGAUGUUGCUGCCGACUCCUAUCAUCACUGGCGCGAAGAUGUCAACCUAGUUGCUCAACUGGGGCUGGAUUUCUAUAGAUUCUCGAUUUCUUGGCCACGAAUUUUACCAACUGGUCUACCAAAUAAGAUAAAUAAGGCUGGGGUGAAGUACUACAGCGACCUAAUAGAUGCCCUGAUAGCGCGGGGCAUCGAACCUGUAGUCACUCUGUACCAUUGGGACCUACCUGUGAAGCUGCAAGAUUUAGGUGGCUGGACCAAUCCCCUGAUUGCUGACUGGUUUGAAGACUACUCUAGAGUAAUCUUCUCCUUCUACGCUGACAGAGUGAAAACCUGGUUGACCAUCAACGAAGCGAUUGUGGUGUGUGACUUCAAUUACAACCUGGGGAGAUAUGCGCCUGGGAUCCAAGAGUCUGAGAUAGCACCAUUCCUGUGCAAUAAGAAUAUACUCUUGGCUCAUGCAAGAGCAUACAGACUAUAUGAGAGAGAAUACAAAGAGAAGUAUAAUGGUAAGAUAUCCCUGGCUAAUAACGUACUAUGGAUUGAACCCAAGGAGGUACCCCGUGACUCGUUCUUAGCGGAACUCGGCUUAGAACAUAUGGUGGGACGUUACUCACAUCCGAUCUAUUCUAAAAAGGGGGGCUGGCCACACAGCCUGGAGAAACACAUUCGAGCGUACAGCUUGAAACAAGGUUACAACACGUCGUGUCUACCAGCAUUCACCGAAAAAGAGAAAAAGUUAAUAAAAGGCACCGCGGAUUUCUACGGCCUGAACUAUUACACUACGCGCGUCAUCAGACCCGCUCAGGCUGGGGAACGCGGAACGUGGUUCGUGGACGGCUCUCCAGAGAUCAACGCCAUGUUGGAAGUUCCACCAGACGCCAAAAUUGGAGUGUCUCCUCUAAUUGCUAAUUAUCCAAAAGGCAUAAGAAAGAUGCUGUCUUAUCUCAAGAGUACAUAUGGUGACAUAGAAUUCCUAAUCACCGAAAACGGUUAUCCAGAUAGGGGGGAAAUCGAAGACUAUGAAAGAGUGAAAUUUUUGAAGGAUCACUUGGAACAGGUAUACUUGGCCAUCAACGUCGACAAUGUCAAAGUCACGGGAUAUUCCUAUUGGUCACUUAUAGACACCUUCGAGUGGUUAGAUGGAUACAGCACAACAUUCGGACUCUUCGAUGUGGAUUUCAAAGACCCAAAACGUCACAGAUAUCCUCGUCUCUCGGCGUUUUACUACGAAUGUAUUGUGAACAGUAAUUCAUUGGAUGUCCCCGACGAGUGUGUGUCCACUGAGGCGCUAACACAUUAUAAUAAGAACAAAUUAGCUAAUAAUAGUGAAUAUUUACGGGUCAAUUAUGUGCUUUUAAUAUUAUCUCUAAUUUUGAUAUUGAAUUAGGUGACUGCUUAUGUCUAUAGCUGUUCCUUAGUCUAUGUACAAUCUGUUUACAGUAGUUAUCAAAGUAAAACCAAAUUUUCAUUUUUAAUUAAAAAACCAAAGGAUUACGUACCAUCGUUCAAGAUAUAACAAUCUGUACUCAUAUUAAGCCAUCACUUCACAAUAAACAUUGAUAAUUUGCAUGACAGCCAUUUUAAAAAUCGCCAUGUUGGUUUUUGUUAUCUGUUCUGUCAAACUUGAGUUGGCAGAUUUAAGAUGUUAUUGAUGACCACUGUCUUAGUGAUAGUGUUACUUUAAAAAUAUAAUAUUAUUGUAAAUUUUAUUUAUUUAUUAUAGACAUACUACAGGCUAUUCGAAACAUAAUAUGAUAUGAAACAUCUUGAACAGAAUAGCCUUCGUACGUAUAUGUACGUACAGCUGUUGUAGUAUUAAAAAGAAAGUAGGUCGAUACAAAGAAUGUAAAGUAUUUUUUAGUAUUUUUUCUUCUUAUAUAUACUUAUAUUUAUUCUUAUAUACACACUCAUAUGUAUGUACACAUAUGAGUGUGUAUAUGGCUUAUGGAUAACCUAAAUACAUUAUUGGUACGCGCGGUUAGUGUCAAUUAUCUACACGGGAAGCGUGGAAUUCGAUAAAGUUUUUUUUGUGUAUGAAUAUAUGAAUGAUUUGAAUUAUUCCUUGUAAAACAAUAUGCAUAUCAGCUACGAUUUCAUUUUAUCUGACAUCAAAAGUUUAGAAUAUUUUUAAGUAAUUAUUUUUUUAUUUUACAAAUCGGUCGUAUUCGCCUUAUGUAACAUUUUGGAUAUACUUUUAAAUAUAGCCCUGUUUCAUGAAAUGUUUGCUGUGUGCCUAGAGUUUGUGGUACGUUCACUGAUCUGUAUAAAUACCACUGGACAGGCUGUUCCAUAUGUUUGACAGCAAAUUUUUUGUGCCUAUUUUAAGCGCCACUCGCGAGCGUCCAGAGAACUAAUUUUGACGUAUAAUACAAUUGGCUUCGAGAGAAACAUACAAAACUCUGAAGUAUUAUUGCAUUUUGAAUUAAUUUCGGUCGUUUUCCGUGUUAUUUAUACUUCUGGAAUCAACGUAAUAAAGAAGACAAUUUUCGUUUUGUAAAUAGUUUUCCUAUUGAUGUUUGUUUAGCUGAGGUUGUCAUCACUAGUUUUAGUACCGCAGACUCUCGCUCCAUUGCCAACAGCGCCAAAAUGGCGACUAUCAAACAGGCACAAAAGCACUUUGACAGCCGCCAGUCUAGUGGUAAAUAGUAGAGGUCAGUGGGUACGUUGUAUACUACGGAUCACAAUAGUUUGCCAAUAGAAAUAGGUGUGAUAGCUGUAAUGUCCCAGACAAACACUGCACAUUAAGACAUUUUACUUUUACUGCCACAUUUGAUAGUAUCGGAUUAAUAAAUUGUAAAUAUUCAUAUAAGAUUAGUUGGAAGUAGGUAAAUUAUUAUUAAAGUAUUUAUAUAUAAAU